GUUUAUUUUAUUUUAAAAACCUGUUAAAAACUAAAAAAUUAUGGAAAAACUAUAGAAAAUCAUUUUUGUAAUUAAGAAUUAAAUUCGUUAAACAAAAUUUUGAAAAAAAUUGUUGUAUUGUAAAUAAAAAGGAAUAGGGAAAAAUGUCAAAAAGCUUUUAUAUUGCGAGCGGAUUUAAAGAGGAUUGUAACAAAUUGUUAUCGAUGUUUAAUGAAACAAAUAGUAUUCGAUUUGAAAAAUUUUGCGAAGUAUGGAAGGACAUGAAGUUUGCCAUGAUUUAUGCCGGAAGACAAACAUAUUCGGAACUCUUGGAAUAUUGCGAGGAAGUGUUGCACAUUGCUAAGGAAUUUGCCCUACCGCCGAGAAAUUUUAAAGAGAGAAUUGGCGGUCUCUAUUUAUUAUAUGGACUCUAUUAUAAAAUGCCAAUUAAAAAUGCCUCAUUAAUACGAGUUACACAAGAGCAAUGGUCGAAUUUCAUGGAAUUACAUGAACAAUUAAAGGCCGGAGAGCAUCUCGAUGCAAAUUUUAUACUCUCAACAAUGAUCCACGACGAAGUGUUUGCUCACACAAUUUUCGAUAUUGAGUGGGGCCUAGAAAAAUUCUAUCGCGAGAAACAAACGCCAGCGAGUAAAUUAAGUAUAAUGCCAUCUCUCCUCGAAUUAACCGAGCAGGGAAGUUGUUUAAUGGAAUUGGAGAAUCUCUCCAAAGAAUAUCGACAAGCAACAUCAUCAAUUAUUGGCGCCAGUUCAAAUCUCAAAUUAUUCGAUGAGAAUUUCAUUGAUGAUAUUCUACUCGACAUUCGAAAAUUGGAGUCAAAUAAUUAUAAUGAGCGUGCAAUUGAAAAUUCAAGUGAAGCAAAUAAUUUACGAAUCGAACAACGUCGUCGACGCGAUGUCGAUAAACAAAAAGAUGGAAAAGUCCGUUCAAGAAUUGGCGAUGGUUUCGAUAUGGAUACAUCCGAUGAGGAUGAUAUCAAUCAUCAUCAUCGUCAUCAUGACGACGACGAUGAUUAUUAUGAUGAGGAUGAUGAAGAAGUAUUUGAACCACUCGAAAAUUAUGAUCCAAAUCUUGCGGAAACUUUUGACGACGACAUGGAAAUUGAUUCGAAAACAAGGAGUGUGAAAUUUGUUGAGGUCACACUUCCCGCGGCGAAUGUGAAAUUUGAGCAUGGCGAGGAAUCAUCGGAUUGAAAAUUGAAAAAAAGAGAAUAAAAGACGAAAAAAAAAAUUUUUCAUGCAUAAUUCGAAAGAAUUCACAAAAACGAAUGCAUAACUUUUGGAAGACGAGACUUUUUUUGUUCUCCUUCGAACUUUUUUUUUGUUCUUUUUUUUUUUGAUGGAUUAUUUUAAUAUACUUUCAAUUGAUUAUUGUCAUCAA